AUGCAUUUUGAUCACCCUCAGACACCCGGAAGUUCUCAUCCUUAUCACAUCGAGUCUUCCAAGAAAAUAUCUUCACCAACUGCUCACUCUCUUCCUACACCAGCUCACAGUAUCGACGGAAGCGCAUCUUCUACUUAUACAGAAAUGUAUCCAGACGGAAUUUCAAGUAAGCGCAAGCGUGAGUCCGAUGAUAUUGAGGAACGAGAACUUAAGAAAGUUGAUUUUGGCUACGGCCGACUUCGCCUGGAAGACCUACAUUUGGAUACUGGCAAAAAGUAUAAGCUAUGUCACACUCCGCAUUCUCCUGCCAUACCAGAUCUCAAGGAAGACCUCUUUGAAAUAUAUGGUUUAGAAGCAAUCGCCAAAUCUGUAGCUCGUACAAAUCCAGAUGGAUCAAAGGGAGUCAAACUUCGGAAAACAUACAAGAAUCACAUAAAAGAUCAUCAAUUAAGUGGAAACUUUGAUUCAAUUAAAAAAGAAAUGGACGCUUCAGAUACGCUUUACGCUUUAUUGACUACACCUGACGAAGAAUGGGAUGCAAUGUAUCCAAACGGUAAGGAUGUAUUAAGGGGUAUAUGUAAUCCUGUAAAACAACUCACAGGAAAAGCUUUUACAAUGAGUCGGGGUACCAUACCAAAGUCUUCCUGGAGCAAUUCUAUACUUGGAGAAUUAGUACCUCCAUCAAUUUCUCCUGAACAAUCUCGGCCCAUGGCUUCCAAGCCGAACCAGCAGCAACACUCCAGUUACACAAAAACUAAGAAAGUGGAGGGUCCACGUCCCAAACGUAGUAUAAAAAAACGGACAUAUGGUGAUACGAGCUACGAAGGUUACGGCGAGGGAUACUUUGAUGAUGAAGGACACGAAGUGGACUUCGAUAUUAGUGGAGAAAAUCUGAGUAGGAAGCGGCCUAAGAAGUCGGCACCAAGCCACGGCUUUCAAGGUGCCUCAGCUCGACACAACAGUUACGGCCCUGGUAUGGUCGGAGCAUAA